UCUUGCGUCUUUAAAAAAGCCAUGACUGCACGGCAUCCUCUUCAGAAACUGAACACGAAGCGACCACUGUGCCUGGAGCCGAGCUGUAAACACGGAAACUUCCUCCACACCACGUGACUGGCUCUCGAGAGCUACGCGGAACCGACGCGUGACGCCUCGCCGCACACAUAGACGAUCUCCGUUUCUCAGCGUCUUGACGUGUCACCGGGGGACAGUGAGGGAAGUUUCCGAUCUUGAAAUUUUGGUCUCUAGUUUGAAACGCACACUAAAUGUGGGGUUAGAUUCAUUUGUGGGAAUCAUGUCCCUGCCGCAGCGUGUCUGCAGGUCAACAUGCAGUGGAGGAGGCACAUCUCUGGCCUCGCUUUUAGCGUCGUUUUCGUUUUAUCAUAUUUCACUAAUAAGUUUGUCCUGUCCGAAUUAAAAUUCACAUAUCCAACUUUAUUUCAAGGAUGGCAGACAUUCAUUGGAGCCGUCCUUCUUCUGCUGUCUGGGAAGCUGGGGUGGGUGGAAAUGAGCCGUAUCACCAGAUCUGCAGCUCUUUCUUGGCUUCCAGGCUCGUUCUUGUUUGUGGGAAACAUAUACGCUGGUUCCAGGGCUUUAUCGCGCAUAGACAUUCCUCAGUUCUUCACUCUUCAAAACUCCUCUCAUGUUGUUAGUUAUGUAAUCUUCAAGGUUGUCCACAGAGAGAAGACGCAGAGGCUGAAAAUGAUCAGUAUAUGCCUCAUUCUGCUCUCAGCCAUAUACCUUCCCUCUUACGACCCUCAGUUUGACUACAGUGGUUACAUGUGGGCUUUCUGGCAUCUCUUCUGUGUUGGGGCAUACAGAGUGUUUCAAGUUCACUACAAGUCCACUAACCUGAGUGAUCUUGAGCAGCAGUGCAUCAACUACUUGUUCAGUGUAUUGCUGCUGGCCUUGGCUGCUCAUCCAACAGGUGACCUGACAGGUGCCAUGGAGUUUCCGUCCCUUCAGUCCCACACGUUUCACUGUGGUUGCUGUGCCAGUGCUCUGCUAGGAUUUUUGUUGCUGUUGGCCACAGUCAGAUUAAAAAGCGGACUGUCACUCGAGUACCUCGGCGUCUGGAUAUUUUUGUCUAAGGUUACCGCCAUGUUCCUCUCCCCGUUCAUUUUCUCCAUGGACGUUAACCUCCAGUCUCUUUUUUGUGUAAUCGUCAGCCAUGUUGCAGAGGCUCUGCUGGUUUAUUCCGAGAGAGAUUCCCAGCCGGGAUGACACAACUGCAGUUCCUAAACGAGUUCACAUGCACUUCAUAAUGAGCAUAAAGAGAUUCUUUUUCCUUUUGUAAAAAAUAUAUAUUUUUGAAAUUUCUCAUGUGUUCUCUGACCAAAUAAAGCUUUCUGUAUUUUUA